AUGACAUAUACAUCGAUCCAAGAUAACAAAGUUAUACCAAAAGGCAUCACUGCAGCAAAUGGACACAGCACCCACGUAGCGUUCGACAAUUUCGACCGCUUCGUUGACACAACUUCUGGAAAGGACACAAUGCACGAAACAGUUGGAAUUAUUUAUCAAUUCUCUAGUGAUGGAACUGAUAAUUUUGAUGAUGGUGAAGCUACAACUUCAUCAGCGUCUCAAGUAAAUGACAACGAAAAUGGAGAAGGACCUACCCGCAAGAGAAGGCGUUUCAAUGAAAUAUCACGAGAAAUUUGGCCAUAUUAUUCUAAACCUAAGGCAAGUAUGCAGCUGAUUACUGUAGAUUCGUUUACCAAUACAACGGAGUUAUGCAAAGGUGCUACGGAAAUAGCAUCAGAUAAAGAUUUAUUAUGGAUGAUGUCGUUGUCAAGAAUUGAUUCCGUUCCUAUGUGGUUGGGUUAUAACUGUAUAUCUUUUGACUCCAUAAAUUCAUCACCAACGUCGUAUGCGGUAGUCAAUGAAACAUUAAACAUGACUAAAAAAAUCGCUGAAAAAUGUCAGCAGCCAGAAAUUAUUAUGACAUAUGAUUUAGCGAUAGCAAAAAUGGCAAUGCAAAUUCAAGAACAAGAAAAACCGCUAUACAAUAAAAUUUUUGUUAACUUGGCCGCUUUCCACACAGAGAUGGAAUUUUUUAGAGCCAUCGGAAAAUAA